ACUGUCUGAAGCUAAUGACCUAAAGAUACUUUAAUUAUGAAAGUUGUUCUGCAUUGGCUGCCAUUUUUAAAUUUAUUUGGUUAGCCGUUAGCGUUAGCCUUAUCCCAGGCUGAACCCCUGAUGGUUCCACGGUGGAUAUAAAGUGCACUAGGUAGCAAGUGGGAGCCGGUAUUUCCUGCCCUGUGUAGUGUAUUUGUGUAGGGAGCAGCGAGACAUUUGUAUUUCAGCCUCCAUCUUUCAUGACUGUAUAAGCUGUCUGGACUUGCCCGUACAUGUCCACCGGAAAUGAAUAUUCAUGAGGGCAGAGCGCGAGGCAGUGGACACUAUAGCAACAGUAUAGCAACAUCCCGGAUGGAGACAUUAAACCCAGUCCUGCGGUGUGAGAGAAAACUUCACAGAUAGUGAGCAGUAAAAUAUGUGUGUGAUAUAAUGUUUGAGUUAUUCUGGGAUGGACGAAAGUUUGUGGUGCGAGAAAACUUCCUCCAGCGUCAUAUCUCCUUUACCAGUGUGGAUAAUUGAAUAUGCCUGGACUAACAGGAUGAUGGAGGUGUUACAAGUUUUAGGCCCCCCGCUGUGGCUGGAAGGUGACCGGAGCAGCCUGACUCUUAAGGAUCCAUGCAGCAUCCGUGUGACUGCGGCCGAGUCCUGGAUGAUCAUCCGGUCCAGAGACAUCGAACACUUUGAGCAAGUCAUGGAGUUCCUGGAUGUUACUCACACUUUACUACCUCAGCUAGUGACCCCCAUCAAGCACAUGAAGAUAAUGUUCGGCCUGAAAACGUUGGUUAUUAUGUGGAUGGUGUGGGAUGACCAGAGCGUAGAAAGCAUUACAGACAAGAUUGUAAAGUUCUUUCCUGACAGCCUCCCACAGUAUCAUCGUAGAAGUAGUCACAGGCAUAUGGAGCUGAUGCAGAAGGCCCAGCGGGACUUUAGGAAUUUUGCUCAGUUACUGACAAGAAACCCAGAAAUGCGCAAAAACUAUAUUAGAAAUCUGAUGGAAGAGCAGUACGGUGAACGCUACAUAAUGAAGUUGGAAGAGAGAUUGUUACAUUAUUUAGAAGAGCUGAACAAAGCUCUUCCACAGCCCACCUACAUUGACCAGGUUCUAAAGCAGUCAGUGCCAUUGAAGGGGAGAGAGGAGUUACUGCAGCAGUUAUUUACCUGUAAUAGUGCGUCUCCAGCCACAGCUCUAAAGAAACUGCUGAGAUGUGCUAUGGCAAGCUGCAUAGAUCGUAGAAGUACAGAGAUUUGUAAGCAACAGAAAGGAGCUCAAGUUGAUGGACCAGUGUUUGGGCGUCUUUGUUUAGCUGUUAGACCACCUGUGGAAGAGGCAGAGGAAGAUUGGCUGUCCCAGGCAUCCUCUCAGAGCUCCUGGCUGAAUAGAGAUAAGAGUGUGGAAAAACAGAUGACAAGGUUAAAGAAGAAGGGUGUUUUAGAUCAGACUGACAAACAUCCAUGUGUACUUAAAGAACGGUGUGCUCAAACAACUGAGACUGGACUUGUUACUGAAGAGAAGAAAGCUGAAGAUGACUUAACAGAGCAUCUGUGCUCCAGACAUGGCAAGAGAAUGAAGAGUAUCCUCCAAGAAUGCUCCGAGGAGCUGAGGAGUCAGGACGGUGAAACUUCACUGAUGCAGGUGGAAUGCACUCCUAUAUCACCUCACCGUCCACUUCUCCAGUCCACGCCUCACAAACUGACCUCAGCAUCUCCUCUCCAUGACUCAUCUUCUACAAAUAUUUCUCAGUCUUCACAGCCAGAGUCUUUCUCAUAUCUUUCAGUGGAUGAAGAGGUUGUUCUUCCACAACUGAUGGCUUAUUCGCAGACAUCUUCACCACAAGAAAAUAAUUCUAGUCGCUUCUCAGGCCAAAAAUGUAGCACUGCAUUGACAUUACAAGUAUCACAUUCUUCAGAAUAUUCAGUACAGCUAGUCACCCCUUCACCACCAUCUUCAGUUCAGCCAUCCUUAUCUCAAACAUCUUCAUCUUCAACCAAUAUUUCACCAUUUCCAGAAAAGAAUAUCACACAAAUAUCAUCCUCGACUGAGCAGGAAUCCUCAGCGAUGCUGUCCUUAAAGAAAAUGUGUCCAGAAACUUCACACCAUCAGCCUGGUUUAUCAUCAUCAUCAUCAUCAUCAUCCUUCGCAGCUCCAGCAGUGACUCUAACUCCAAGCCAAAAUGAUGCACAGGUCUCUUUAGAUUCACGUGUAAUUUUAGAGUCAAGCAGUGCCUUACCAGGCAAACCCAGGCUGUCUUUAGAGACUCAGGCUUUCCUUUUGGUGUGUAAGUGGCUGCAGCCUGAAGUGAAGCUCUGCAGACUGAGCCAGCAUGAGUGUCAUCAAGCCACACUGCCAAAUCAUUCUCCAGAGCAGUCAUCUGAAGAGGAAGAGGAAAAGGUAGAUGAAGAAGAUGCGUUGUUCGAUGUCAAUUUACUGUAUUCAGACUCUGAAUCAGACACACAAGACUCUGAUGAUUCUGAUUAUGUUCCGUCAAAGAGAUGCAGGUAUAGGUGAAGUGCAAAUCUAGUGACUGUUGCUCAUCAUGCGCAAUUAUUGAUCAUUAACCAGACUUCUGUGGUGCUCUCCAUUUUAAUAAUGCUGCUCCUCAAACUGCAGACCUGGGUCAUAAAUUACAUUUGAUGUUAUUUUUAGAUGUAUAGAUCUGGAAAAAGAACAGUGUUCAAACAGGCAAUUGUAUACAUUUUAAUAUGAAGACAACUUGAUGUGGUUUUUUUAAAUACCUCAGAAAUAUUUAUUUAUUUAAUUCUUAGAACAUUUUGACAUUUUAUUAUAUGUUUUUUCCUGUGAAAGAUAAAUGAUGAAACACCUUUGUAAGUCUUUGUGAGUUAAUAAAACUUUCCACUUGA